UAGCAUGGGGUUAAUAAUCUGCAUUCGACUGCUUUUAAUUGGAGAAACAGAGAUCGCUACUUUGUAACAACAAGAAAACUAAAACGACUUGCAUUUAACACAGAGAACAGAAGAUACAUUGAACCAACCAACCAACCAACCAAAGAAAGAGCGCUGUUUUAUAAAGAACAGAGGAUUUACAACGAAGCUGAGAACUAAAAAAAAAAAAAAAAAAAAAAAAAAAACUAACAAAAGAAAACAGAGGCGAAGAAACAUGCCAGCAAGCUUUAAGAAAAAUAACAACAAAUACAAAACAAUCGAUAUCUGAAAUGAGAGUGUUUGCACAUCGUUAGAAUACAACACAUUAAUGAAAGCAAUGGACGUAACAAUUCACCUGGCAAUAUUUGCAGGGCACGGUUCAGUGUAAUGAGGAUGGCAAGCGGAGGCAAGUCUGAGCCUGGCCCUGGUGGCUGAUUCAGGCUGACAAGGAAAUGCACCUCUCCUGGGUCGGAAUCAGCAAGCUCUGCUUCCUGCUCUCCCUGGUCUUCUGUGCCUUCCUGCUCCUCCUGAUCCCAGGCCUCCAACCCCCACGGAGGCAGGGCGACCUCCCCCAGCCUCGGCCUCAAGGCAAGACUGGGUGGGUGAAAGGAGGCAGUGUCGACCAACAGCCUCUCAAACCCAACAUCCUCCACCUCGUCAGGGCUGUGACUCCAGGUCCUGAUACUGAGGGGGUUUGGGGUAUGAAGGAACAGCCUGCAGGCCCGUUGAAAACUGUUGACAACAGAAACGACAGCGCUGAAGUCCUGGGCAGGAACCUGUCUGCUUACAACCUGGAUAAAAAAGACUCAUCAGCUUAUUCGAGAAGCACCAAUCCCCAAGGCUUGCCUGUGAAGGAACCCUUGAAGCAGGGAGACAUAUUUAUUGCUGUGAAAACAACAAGGAAAUACCACAAAUCUAGACUGGAUCUGCUGUUUCAAACCUGGGUAUCCAGAGCAAAAAAAGAAACUUUUAUUUUCACCGAUGGGGAAGAUAAGGAGCUAAGAGAAAAAGCAGGUGAUCAAAUGAUUAAUACCAACUGCUCUGCUGCACACACCCGGCAGGCACUGUGCUGUAAAAUGUCUGUGGAAUAUGACAAGUUCAUCGAAUCAGGAAAAAAGUGGUUCUGUCACGUGGAUGAUGAUAACUACGUGAACCUGGCCAGCCUGAUUCGCUUGCUGUCCUCUUACUCCCACACUCAGGAUGUGUAUCUGGGCCGCCCCAGCCUGGAUCACCCCAUAGAGGCUGCCGAGAGAGUCAAGAGCGAUGGAUCGGUCUCUGUGAAGUUCUGGUUCGCCACCGGAGGAGCUGGUUUCUGUAUCAGCCGGGGGCUGGCACUCAAGAUGAGUCCUUGGGCCAGUCUGGGUAACUUCAUCAGCACUGCGGAGAAGAUCCGUCUCCCCGACGACUGCACUAUCGGCUACAUCAUCGAGGCCCUGCUGGAAGUAAAAAUGAUCCACAGUCAGCUGUUCCACUCCCACCUGGAGAACCUGCAGAGACUGCCCAUCGACACGGUGCUCAGCCAGGUGACGUUGAGCUACGGUGAAUUUGAAAGGCACAGGAAUGUCGUUGGCAUCGAUGGGGCUUUCUCACUGGAGGAGGAUCCCUCACGGUUCAAGACUGUCCAUUGCCUUCUCUACUCUGAUACUAAAUGGUGUAGCAGUAAGAGAAGGCCAUGACUUGUCUAUCUUCACCUCUGGGCUA